GAAUUAUCUCCCGUAACAAGCUCUUGCGUCUGAAAUCCACGAUGAAAGUAAUGGUGGGCUACAGAAAUGGAAGUAACAUUAUCGUGAAAAUGUGAAGAACGUCCCGUUCCAAAAGAGUUUUUGUGUGCACUGUGGUGUGAAGAAAACACCUCUGUGUGAGGGCUUCAAUAUGGAGGUUAAUGAAGAGAAUGUGCAGAUGAUUUUGAGCAUGGGGUUCCCUUCCGAAGCAGAAGUACGAAGGGCCCUGCGUAUGGCCAAGAAUGAUCUCAGCGAUGCCGUAGCGAUUCUGACCAACGACCAUCCCGUUUCAUCGUAUGAUGCACUAGACGAUGUUUCUGAUAUUGAUAUGAAAAAUCCUCCAUCAAAGGCAGUUCAAGCACCAGUUUAUGGUCCUUCAUUGCCACCUUCAUACGAUGAGGCUAUCGACGUCCCUCAGAAUACGGUGGAAGAGGCAACAAAUGGAGAUGAGUGUGUUAUGGAAGAGAGCAACAGUCUUGAGUUCCCUGUGACUAACUUGUAUGAACUAGAAGGGAGAGUGUUUACUGAAAUGUGGAACAUCCCAUACAAGAAAGAAGAGUCCCUAGGGCGGUGUCUUCUAGCUGCUACCAGAUUAGCAGAAACAGGGCUCUGUGAAAGUGAUGAACACUGCAAGAGAUUUGUGGAGAGGUGUAUGCCAGAAGCUUUUCAAAAGCUAUUGACAUCAGUAGCAGUGCAUAAGUGGGUGGCAGAGAUUCAGGAAGGCAUCUUUAACAUGCUCACCCUCUUGGUUGAUCUUGUUGUUGCACGCCUGCAUCACCAUCCAGUCUCUCUUGUUCUCAUGGAUACCCUUAAUUUGGCUUUCAAUCGUGAGACAGAGUUCCAGUUCAAAAACCGCUCAAGGAGGGAUAAUCGAAUUGCAUGGGAAGAGAAGUUUAAUGGCUGUGAUUUACCGGCAGUUCCACCACAAAGCUCAAUCAGAUCUGUAGCUGAUCCAUUUGGCUGGCUUACACAUCUUGUCAAUCAUUUUGCCUACAAAGGUGGACUAGAACUGAUAAAGAAGAAUUUAGAGGAGGAAGAAUUGGAUGUAGUGUCAAUGGCUGCCCUCCUGAAACCUUUUGGCACUUGUGCUGAAUUUCUAAAUGCAAAUGUAGCGAAGGAAAUUUUCAGCCCAGGACUGGAAACGGCUGUGAGAUAUGUUAAAGGUUUAGAGGAGAAUGACUUUAAGGAGAAGAAAAUUGGUAGCGUGUCAGAUCUGCUGACAUCAAUGAAACUGAUGAGCAUGCAUCUCUGGCCGUCAAAUGUUGAUGACCUGGACAAUCUUCGACUGGAUGUGGCACGUCGCAUGCUGCAGUCACCACACUUUAAUGCAAAGAUGAAUGCUCUUAAAGAGGUGACAAAGCUGAUUGAGGAAUGCAGUGCUACCAAAGUGGCUCGCACUGCCAUGCACCCAGAUAAAAUACUGGACUGGUUGGUGGAGAACCGAAUUUUGUCCAUUGCCCUUGAAGGCAACAUUGACCAGGCUCAAUACUGUGAUAAAAUCAAAGGUAUUGUUGACUUUCUUGGAUCCAAGCUAUCUGUGGAUGAACUGACCAUGAUUUGGAGAAUGCAGAAUGGGCAAACAAACAAUGUGAUAGACAACAUACACUCCAUCGUGGCUGCUGCAGCAGUCAAGUUUGAUGCCCAACAGCUUGAACAUCUUUUCCGGUUGAUUCAUAAGAAAUGGCGAGAUGAUAAUGACCGUAUGAGAGAAAAGUUGCUGAGUCUCAUAGGGAAGAUUGGCAAAGAUGCCCGUGUUGCUGAAACAACAACUAAAGUUCUGGGGUUGCUGUGGGACUUAGCCCACUUGCCAGCAUUGUCACGGCACUUGUUGGAGCAAGCUCAAGAGGAGCACCAUGCCAUUCUUUCAGACUCAUACAGUGUCAAGGAGCAGGUCAAACUACAAUAUGUAAAUAAGUGUGUGGAUGACAUCAAAAAGGGUGCCUGUGUGUUACCUGCUCUUCGACAGUUGAUAAACAUCAGCAAAAACAUAAUUAAGCAGAGUUUCCAGAAAGCAGACAAGGGUGUCCUGCAUGAGCUCAACAAAAAUUGUGAUGUCCUGAAACUAGUCACAAAUUCUUUGGUCAAAUGCCACAAGCAGGCAGUUUCUGCUGUGAGUGAAAUGGGUCAACUCACACCAGACACUCUUGUGGAUGGUCGCUACACACAUUCAGAUUAUAUGAUGACUCAUCUAAACUUCCUCCAGUACAUACUACAGGAGGGUGUACUUUACCUGCCAUGGAACAGAGCCCGAGACAUCUGGGCAACUAUGGUUGCUAACCCGCGGGCCUGUGACUGGGAUCGAGAGACCUGUUACGAAUGGAUGCGGAAAGGACUAAACGACCUUGAUGUCGAGGCUCAGCCACACCUUUUUCAGAAGGAGAUUUUACGCUUGGAGCCAUCCAGACUUAGUGAAAAAGGCUUCUACUGCUUCAAGUGCUUCUUUGAGAGUGUGAAUAUACGAGAACAUCGUCUGAAGCGGGGGAACAACAAUGUCCUGAUAGUGGAGAAAGGAGAUCUUGUUGGUUUAGAUUACCUGUGGGAGGUCUGUCUGCAUAUACCUGAUGAGAUUAUUGCUGAUGCUGCCAUCCAACUGCUGCUGAACAUGUCUUACAACAGUCUCAAUCCUCGCCUUAAGAAAGAUCCACUGUCUCUUCAAAAAUUUAUAGCUGAAUGCUACACCCGGCUUGAGAUGGCAAUGAUUGGUGUAUGUGGAAAUGUGGUGGCUCAGACAGUGUCCAAUGCUACAAAAAUUCUUGCUGCCACCGUUGUCCCAGAAGUUGCCAAUGUGCCUUUACCCUCCAGGUCUGUGAAACUGCUAGCUAUUGAGCGGUUGUUGUGGAUCGCAGAAGCUUAUAUUUUAAGUGUUGAGGAACUUCACUGCUUCCCACGCACCAUCCUCCCACACGCUGCCUCCUUCCAUGGGUAUCCUCUCACACUCACCAUUCGUUGUGAGGCACUGCACCAAGAAUUCACUGUGCUGUGCCACAGCAAUGAAACACUGGGUUCACUGAGGCAGAAAAUCAUCACUCGCCUCGGUCAGACCCAGGAGCACAUACAGAUCCAUGCUAACGAUAAGCUGCUGUGCAUGACACGUGAUCACAAACUACUGCAUCAGCUGGACAUCUACGAUGGUCAGGUGGUACAGGUGCGGCUGGGAUCUGUUACCCAGGCUGCAUCCUCCACAUCCCUCCCCUCCGCACCGACCAACACCCCCAGCAAGCAGCCAGAGGCUUCUGCAUCAGUGGCCACCUCCAAACAAAGUUUUGAAUUGGAACAGGAGAAAAUGCUGCCUGGCGUUGUGAUGGCCAAAGGUGGAGAAGUGUUCGAAAUGCUCUAUCAGCUUACAGAACUAGAUGAGCCAAAGAUUACUAAACGGGUACAAAAGCUUCUGAUGUUAAUCCCUACAGACCCUGCAGUUUCUGAUGCCCUUGAUAUUAUGACACAAAAGAAUCUGAAGCAAACAUCAUCCUUAGAAGACGUGACUAGCAUUAGUGGCAGCAAAUCCAGCCCACGAAAGUCACCUCGUGCUGCUACCACCAGUUCACGGCAUACUCCACGAGAAGUCAUGAAAAUUUUAUUUGACAGCAGUGCCCCAGACAUGUCGCCUUUCCGAGUCUUGUACAAUUUAGAGGUUCUCAGCAGCAAACUGAUGCCAACUCACAUUGAGGCAGGAUCAGCAGCAGUGACACAGGUGGUUUGUGAAGAGUUCCUCAACAAUGGUGGUCUCAGCCUCGUAGUCAACGUCCUACAGCCAGAGUCACUACCCGCUGACAUUAACUAUGAGAUUCGACAGGGCUGCUACUCCAUUUGUCUUCAGCUUGCCAGGUACCUGCUGUGUGGGCUGAGCGUGACGGAAGAAUCAAGCAGCACCGUUACACUGGACACCAUGACACGACCUGGUGCUGGCAUUGCUACAACUUCACCAGCACACAGCCCUGCCAAGUCUGCCAAGACUUCUGGAAGCAGAGCUAUUCAGACAUUGACUCCUCAAGAAUUCAUCGAGACUGUAUCUUGUUUUAUGAGAGUAACAUGGGCAGGGGCUGCUGGUCGUCUGCAUUUAUUGAGUUACAAUCAGCCGAUCAGAGAAGCCCGUGAUGGGACUGCCUGUGGCCAUCGCUCACGCCAAAGCAGUACAGGGAGUUCAGCCAGUACCAACAGUGAUAGUGACUGUCAGAGCCUGCAUGCUGGAGUGUGCUCACACCAGGUGAGCAUCUCCACCAAAGAUGCCAACAUCGCCCGAGAGGCCCUCGAAAUUCUCAUCACAUGCUUGCAGCUGCGGAGUGAGCUGAUUGCUUCCUUCUAUUCACUGCCAUUCCUGAGUGACUUUGUCAUUGACUUGCUGGUGGGAUGCCCCUUACCAGAUAUGAGGAUAGCCAUGUGUGAACAACUCUGGUUGUUGUGUCAGCUCACACCCGAUGUCUUGUCCCCAACACUUCAGCCCCCUCGUCAGUUUGUGCUGCAGCUGCUGCAACGAGCUUAUCUCCCUUUUUGGGUAACUUCUUCCAGUGCCAGAGGCUCCACCCAGAAGUUACUUAGUCAGUGUUCUCAGUAUUUUGAUUUGCGCUGCCGUUUGCUAAAAAACUUGUCAGCUGAGCUUCAGGAAGACAUGCAGCUUGAUGUAGCAUCUAUGCUAGAAGAUGAGAUUGCUUGGCUCAGCAAUUUUGCUCCAUCACGACAUGCAGAACUGCAGACAAUGGACAAUACCUUGUUGGCAGGACAUCUGCAUCUUAUACGCACUUUGUUUACUUGUCAGGGCAUCAACAAAGAGGAACUUGGUGAGGAGCUUGUCAGUGAUUUGCUCCAUGACUUCCUGUUUCCAGCAUCAAAGCUGAUGAUGGAUAAUGUCAUUCAAAUGUCUGAUGACACUCGGCUGGCAGAAUUCAACCCCAAGUGCUCCUUGCGUGAGUCACGCCGUGCUGCAUUUGAUUUGCUAAUUGAACUGUGCAAUAACUGCCCGCACAACCAAGAGUUGGUCUGCCGACAGCUCUUAGUCAUGCACCACCAGGCAAACCCAGACUGUGCCAAUCAGUGGGAGUACAUGCCUGCUGUUGAUGGUCGGGCAGCGUGCGGCUAUGUUGGACUGAAGAAUGCUGGGGCGACAUGCUACAUGAACUCAGUGCUGCAGCAGCUGUACAUGGUGCCUGGAGUGCCUGAAGCCGUAUUGUCUGUUGAUGAGGAUAGUCCUGAUGAAGACAGUGUCUUUUACCAGAUCCAACAGGUGUUUGGACAUCUCAUGGAGAGCAAGCUGCAGUUUCAUGAGCCAGAACGUUUCUGGAGUAUUUUCAGGCUGUGGGGUCAGACUAUCAAUGUCCGCGAACAGCAAGAUGCCUUUGAUUUUUUCCAGGCCCUUACAGAUCAAGUGGAUGAGCACAUGAAGAAAAUUGGAAAGGAGGAGAUAUUCAAGAAUAAGUUUCAGGGAAAGUUUUCAGAUCAAAAGAUUUGCAAAGACUGUCCACACAGGUAUGAGAGAGAGGAAGCAUUCAUUGCAUUGAACCUAACCGUGAAGAAUGCCACGCUACAGGAUUCCUUGGAUCAGUUCGUCAAGGGCGAACUGCUGGAGGGGGACAAUGCCUACUUCUGUGAGAAGUGUGGGGAGAAGAGAAACACCAUCAAACGUAUGUGCAUCAAGACACUGCCGCCUCUUCUUUGCAUACAACUGAAGCGCUUUGGCUAUGACUGGGAGACUAACAGAGCUCUUAAGUUUGAUGAUUAUUUCAAGUUCCCAUGGAUACUGAACAUGGAGCCAUACACAGCAGAAGGCAUGGCCAGAUUGGAAAUGGAGGCAGGGAUGCAAGAGGCAGCAGGGGAUGUGGGAUCUGGUGCUGGUGAUGGUAAUAUCAUUUCCCUGAACAACGGUGAAGUGUCGGACAGCAGCAGCAGCAGCAGUGGCAUUAGUGGAAGCAGUGGGAUGAGUGCCGGAAGUGAGAUGGGAAGCGGGGACAUGGUGUCGGAGCCAGCUGUGUUGGAGCAGCAGCCCAAGUGCAUUAACUACGAGCUAGUGGGCAUUGUGGUGCACAGUGGACAGGCUAAUGCAGGCCACUACUAUUCCUUUAUCAAGGAUAGAAGGGGAACAGUGCUCACCAACCCUAACAAGGGCAAGUGGUUCAAGUUCAAUGAUACAAUAGUGGAAGAGUUUGACAUGACAGAUAGCACAGUUGAGCAAGAAUGUUUUGGAGGAAUGUAUCGAGCCAAGGUCUUUGAUUCCACAAACUCCUAUCCAGAAGAACGUCUGCGUUACUGGAAUGGUUAUCUGCUGUUUUAUGAACGUAUGGAGGAGCCCCACACACCUACCAGUGCCAAACGCAGUCGUAUUCUGAGUCGUCGUCUUUUGCCUCAUGGAGGGAAGCGCAGCCUGGACUCCAACAGUCUUCUGGAGCUGACAGAGCUGGUGCACAAGGGAGAACAGAGGGGCAUAUUUGUGGAGCGCAUGCCAGCCUCCAUCCAGCAGGCAAUCCAUGCCGAAAACAUCACGUUUGUCAAGAACCGUGAUGUCUACAACCCAGACUACUUCUCCUAUCUUCUCAGACUCAUUUCCCAGAAUUCAGACUAUGUGGAUAGCCCACAGUACAGCAAGAUGUGUGUUAAUGCCAUACAACUGGGAGUGAAGUUUUUGUUUAACACCUACCUCCGUACCAGCCAGAAGAAUCAGAGUGAAUUAGAUGAGUGGGCACAGGUGCUGGAAGUCCUGUUUUCUCAGUGCAAGGAUGCUUGUAUAUGGUUCAUUGACUUCCUGGCUGGUCCAGAUGGCAGCCAGUAUCUGAAGCCUUUCAUUCUGGAAUGUCCCAUCAAGGAAGUGCGUGUCAUGUUUGCCAAAGUUCUUGAACACAUGAUGUCCAGCUUCUUAGCUCAUGGGGGAGUAUCGACUCAGAAGACGUUUGAUGCUUUGGUGGAGCAGUUACUACGCAUGCUGGACAAGGAAGUGGUGGAUUACGUCAGACACUGCAGCCAGUACUUCCUAGUUCUCAAGACAUACAUACAAAUGGGAACCAAAGCAUGUGCCCAUAUGUUUGGCCGACAAGGUUUCCAACGCCUCAUAGCCUUCCUGUUGGGCAACACUGCCAACGGCGUAGACGAGGAUGGAGGCAGUCGUCGAUGGAGCUCAAUCCAGGCACGAGAAUUUGGACACCUGCACAGUUCCUUAGCAAUGCUGAUCCUCAACUGUGACGUGUCUGUGUACCGCACAGAGAGUUUGGGUGAUCUUGCACCUCGGCUACCUCAGAUGGUACAACCCCGCAUCUUUCUCAAGAUGAGUCCUGACAUGCAGAAGUUUGUCUUUGGAGCUGAAUCCGUUCACUACCUCAGAGAGGUGGCGCAGGCAGUCCGGGAAUUGACAACAGGAAAUAUGGCAACAAUCAUCGACAUGCUGCUGUACUGCAGCUUCUGCAACCUGUCUUUCAGUCUGACAUUGGUCAAACAGCUUAUGCUACAGUACACCAAUGCACCAUCUAAUGAGUUGAAAACCAUCUUCAACUUGCUGACAGAAGUGUUGACUCUUGAGGAUUCUUUGCAGCUGACACGCCUCAAGUGGGUUAUCGAUGGUUAUGCUGAUGAAAAAGGAAACAAAUAUGAAGGCCUUAUUUCGGUCAUUCGCUUGGACCAUGUGUCUGACAGCAGACGGUCCUACCAGUGUAUCAAGUUCUUGGUCAGUUUGAGCAAUCGCAGCAGCCUAGCCAAAGACAAUCUGCUGCGCACCCCAUCCAAAUGGCAGUGGGCUGUCAACUGGCUGAAGAAGAAGAUGACUGAGUAUUACUGGAGCACUUCUUCCACAGCCAAUCUCUCCAAUGAUGAUUCUAACCGCAAGUCAUUCCAGCGUACACAGAGUGCACAGUACACCUUGCAAGAGGCCACAGCGCUGCUGACUGAGAUAGGAGGGCUUGAUAAUGGUGGAGAUGCAGAUGCGGCCAACACCAACGUCAGCAUCAGAGGAGGGGUUAUGUUUGAUGAAACCUACUUGACUGUCAACUCGACGUGGUCUUCUACAUCUUCUACAGAUACACAAAAUACUAGCGUCCCAGGUGAGGAUGAGCCGCCUGUUGAUCAGCGUGUGUCGUCUGAUAGUCGGGCUCACUCGCCAUCAACUUUGCCGCUCAGUGUCAGCACAUCAACGACUGCCACCAUUACCACUGCAUCAUCCUCUUCUUCCAGAAGCACUGUGGAGGUCACGUCUUCAUCUCUGUCAACUCCAUCUUCCAACAGCUGAUGCCUGUGGUAUGGAAAUACCAGUGUAAUGGCCUCGGUCUCAAAGGCAGGUUUUAAGCUUGAUGUGUGUGAAGGGGUCAAAAGGGGUCAUUGUUGUGUCCCUAUUUCUGUAAACCAGGAUAUCUUACUCAAGAUACAUUGGAGCGCAUACUAAGACAAUAGUGUACUGUAUUAAUUCAUUUUAGCUUGCACACAGUUUUAUGAUGUACAGAAGAUUAAUGUUGUAGAGUUUGUUUUUGUAAAUUUUAUAGGGUCGCAGGAUUUAAGCAGUCUUUCCUUUUAAGUUGAAAAGGAACUAUAUUGAAAGGAGCAGAGAAAGGUUAUAUAUAUGUGCGUGUGUGUGUGUGAAAGAGAGAGAUUCUGUUUUAAGAAUAAGCUGACUUUUUGUACAAAAAGAUCUGCAUAAAAAUGCCAUUUACUAAGCUGUCCUAUUAAGAUAAACUGCGCCUUAAUACCUCUAAGUUUUGAAGCUAUCAGCAGUAAGAAUGUAACUUUUCUAGACUGUACUAUAUGUAACAUUAUAUUGUGAUUUUAGAAGCAACGUUUUCUUUCAUAGCUCAUGGAAUUUACACUUGUCAUAAUCUUAACUGAUGGAAGUCUAGUUUUUCAUUUAACUUUGGUAUGUUUCCUGGCCACCUUGAAUUUGUGACUGCCUCGGUAUUGUCUGCUGUCACUGUAAUGGUACUGUUCCUGCUUAUUCACGUUUGGGAUAGGUUUGCAGUAUGGUGAUAUAUGCGAAAAUAAAUUAGCAACCCAUUUAAACAAAAAUAAUCAGGAUGUCAUUCAGUCCUUUUGCCAUGUAAUUCAAUUUGCAAAGUUUAUUCUACAACCAAAUUUAAGGCUUUUUUUUUUUAAUUAAAAAAGGCAUCUUUUAAGGGAAAAAUAAAAAGACAUCAUGUUGAAUAUGAAUGCGACUGCGUCAUACCCAUUGGGUUCAAAUUGAGCAACAGAUUGAGUUACCCUGAUAAAAGAUGCAUUCUGCAUUCUGCCAGGGGGUGGGGGGUGGUGGGGAGAGUGCUUAUUUGACUUUGAAUUGUGUGAGAUAUAGCAUAUCUUGACAGGAUAGCUGAAUGUUCUGGCAGUAUGGAAACUUUUCAAGUUUGUCUUCUUUCAUAGCUUCUCUUGAAUGGAGAGAGGGGUUGACACCAGAUGAAGUGUAAUACAAAUUGUCUUUUGGCAAAGAAGUGCCGCAUUAUCUUCAUCAUUCCUGUUGAUGCUUGGUGCUGCUUUUAGUGUAACAGCACAAAAAUCUGCAACAACAAAUGAUAGAUAUUGACCCAAGCAGUAUGUUACAGUUAGCUCAAAAUCUAAAGAGUUCUGGGGGGGGGGGGGCUCUCUUUUUUUCUUUCUUUUUUCCUCCCUACUUUUUUUUUUUAAAGUGCAGCUUUGCAAGUAAAAAAGAUCACUGCUAUGAUGUGUUUAAGAGGAUCAUAGGUCAGAAUGUGUGACAGUGCAAAAUGUUACCCUUUUAAUACUUCAUUGGUCUACUCAGCUUCUUUCCCUUUAUGCCAGUAAAGGUGAAAAGUAAAUGUUGCUUUUUCUUUUUAAUUUGUUUUCUGAAAUGUUAACACAAAAAAAAGACCCUUUACACAAUUGUGUGUUCAAUUCAACUGUGUGAUGGUUUUCUUGAACAAGAUUUCUCGCAAGAAGUUAAAUCCAUCAGGUAUGUCAAUUUCUGCUUACUAAAUUGUACUUGACCUUCAUUUUAGUAGAUUCUUUUAUUUCCUAAAUUUUUUUUUAUAAAGAGAAUGCUAAAAAUGCUGUCCUAGCCUAAGUAGGGUGAGGCCACCUGAUUGGUUUAUUUGCCAGAAAAGAUUGUUUCCAAAAACUUACUGUUUAUUUUCAGGUUGUUUUUUUUUUAAGUUGGAUUUCUUGAUGGAUUCUUACUACCUCCAUUCUUCUGUAUUUUAUAGCUGCUAUUUGUUAUAUUUUUAUCAGAGUGACCAGGACUGUGUGAGGCUCAUAAUGUGCUCAUAAACUUCCAAGAGUUUGAUGUGAGAGAAAUUGGGUGUCUGGGUGAGUGGGUGGAUUUUUGCUUUUCUACACACAGAUUCAGCACACACCUAAUUUCUCCUAAAAUGCGCAGAAUGCUUUCAUUGAGCCCCUAUACACAAGUAAUGUUAGAAUGAUGUCUGCUUGAAUAUGUGCCUAGCUCAACACAAUCAUUGUUUUUUUUUAAGGUUUGUUGGUUUGUUUUUUUAAUUGUUCAUUUGCAGCUGGUUAGCAACCAAAAUAAUGUGUGCCAUACAUGGUGGAAGCAGAAAAUGUUUAUUGUCCUGUGUGAAUGGAUAAAUAAAUACCCAUUGGGGAGGAAAACCAACAGUCACAUACCUUCAUCUCUUGAGGCAAAACAGGGGGUUCCACAAUUAUACAUUGAUAGUGUUUAAUGAUGUUUAAUAGUCUAGCCACACGUUGCUAGACUAUGACAGGGCAAGAAAUCAUGUGAGGUAUUCAAGUAAUGUUGACAUCAGAAGAUUGUGCUCUUAAGUCUUCAGAAAAUUGUACAUUGAUAAAUGCAGCACAUUGCUUUAUCUUCCAGAUGCAAGUUUGAGCAAUGUGAUGUACAGUCAAGUUCCCCUCAUCAUUAGCAUUCCUGCCUUCAGUCACUGGUACAAAAACCUAAAGGAGGUUGGGGAUGGGAAACAGGGCUGUUUAUAGGAGGUCUACUUUCUGUUCUUGUAGUUCCCAUUUAUUGUGAUCUUCCAGUCUGAAUCAGGAUUUUGAAAUAAUUUUACUCUUUAUACAUGAUUUCAUGCCCACAGACAACACAGCUGGUGCACCCAUUAUGCCAAGAUCACUUGUGUAUUUUCUUGAAUUUUAUGCAGUCAUCCUGGGUUCUCCAGAGCACCUUGGUGUUGUGUAAUUCUCUAGUUUAAAGUAUGCAAGUGGGAAUUUAUUCUGCUGGCAUUUUUGAGUGCUAGAGGAUUAAUUUUUGAGUUGAGAAAUCUGAAUGAGUUUUGUAAUUAUUACAUGGAUCAGGAGCCGAGAACCUGGACAACAUGGUGAAGCAUAUAACAAGACUUUGUACAGUGUAUGUAGUUUUGAUUCAAGCAUUUAUGCAAAAUUGGGGCUUGCACCUGAUACAGACAAGUGAUACAGUCCUUUGUACAGGAUAAUGCACACUAGGCCUUUGUACAAGAUAAUUCACUUCAUUUUUUAAAAAAUACAUGUGAGUGGGGAAGGAAGUUGGGUAGGAAGAGGAUGGAAGGGCCGUAAGUUUUCUUUGAUGCAUUUUCUGUGCAUAGUUUGUACAUCUUUUGUAUUGAGUGUACAUACUGUGCAUAAACAAGCUGCUAAGGCAGGUGUGAAUCUGAGAAUGGCUUAAGUCAGUGUUUAAUGCUUGAUUUUUUUUUUUUUUUGGAAUAAAUGUAACGGUUAAAUCUAAAAUGGGCAUGUGCUUUAAAUAUUCUGUGUUUCAUAUUUCAUGUAACAGUAUGGUCAUUUCUAUGCACAAUGUGGCAGCGCCAUGUUAUGCACUUUCUCUCCUCUAAGUUGACCGUCAGGUCUCACAUUUACCCCUCAGGUCUUGCAUAAGCCUAUCCAUAAAUAAGUCUUCCCUUAAGUGUAGCAGUGAAGUUUUACAUCUCUUAAAGGCUUAAGAUUUAGACUGGCCAGAUGAACAGAUCCAGUUAACUAUACUGUGGGUUACAUUCACAUCUUUUUUAUUACAAGGGAAAGUUGGAGGAGGUUAGUCAUCUGUCACCAACAUUUUAACAUUUGGUAUAUUUUCUGCAGUAUGAACUGCAUAGUCUGCAAUAUCGAGGAAGCUGCCCUUGGGAAGUUUGGAACAAAUGUGGUUAAACUAACACCAAGAACCUUUUGUUGAUCACUUUUUACACUCUGAUAUUGGUGACCUCCUAUGUGGGUGGAAAGUAGUUCAGGAAAGAUAAAUCUUGUGAUUGUUGGAAAGGGGGCAAAAGCAGAUGUAGCACCUUGAACUGGUUACAGCCAUAAACAUUUUAGGUGCUAAAAAUUAGUAACCUUUUACCAUCACAAUGAUCUCAAAGCAGGGACCACCUUAAAAAAAAAACAUUAACAUUGGGCAGCUUGAUCUUUGUCAUGCAGUAUAUAUUAAGUGUGCCUAGAAGUUUGGCUCAACUGUACCUCCAUCACCAUGCAGAGUUUUUGUCCCCACAGUUAUGCAAAGGAAAGGUGACUCCAGUUAACCUUGCUUUGCAAACAAAUGCAAUUUUAAGGUUUUCCCCUCCUAUACCUCUAGAAAUUUUGAAAUACUGGCUUUGUUUCACAGUCACAUUAUUUUUAAAACAGCUUGCAAGAUGAGGUAGAUGAGGUACCAUGCUUUAGUUUUUACUGUUAUCAGAAGGAAAAUCUUUCACUGGUGGGUGCUUAAAACUGUAAGAGCUCUUUCCCAGGUUAAAUAGGGUAACAUUUCUGACUGUAAACAGAUGGUCUUAACAUGACGGUGCACGAAUAAGCCCAGAUGGAAACUGGUUUAUUUCCUGUUAAAAAGACUGUAAAAUUCCACGAUUAUCGUAUAAUUUUACCAUUAAUUCAGCAUUUCUUAAUUGAGCGGACAUAAGUUAUAUAAUCUUCCUGUCAUCAUGUGUGCUUACUGGCUCAAAUAUUGCCAUAUUGGGCAUCUAUUUGUGGAUUUGUGUUGGAGUAUUACCUGUUGUUUUCACUAGAUGCUGCCUUACAUCUCUUAAGGAUUUUUUCUGGAAGAAACCUGCUUGUUAUUUUGUAUGCAUGCACACUUUUAUUAGCUUAUUCAAUUUAAACAAGCCCAAGUCUGGGCAACAAUGUGAUUGGUUUCAUGUAGGAGGCAAUAUGAGCUUUUACAUGGUAUGCACAUUUCCUAAACUGCCAAAUGGCACACACACACACUCAAUCUGUCCACAAAUUUAGGGCAGCUCUGGUUUAUGGAAACUUUUUGUUUUGGUUUUUAUAUGAUCAUUGUUCUAGUAAAAAUGUAGCAGAAACAUGUACAUGUUUUAUAAAGGGAAUUGUAUAUUACUGACACAGGUGUAAAUGGAUGGGUAAUUAAACAAUAAUUGCAGUCUUUA